GAGUUUUUCUUCUGGAUGCAGCUUCCUUGAGUUCAGGGCAGGAGGCAGGUGAGGAUGGCCAGUCCUCUGGAGCAGGCAGUAGCUGCCAUCGUGUGCACCUUCCAGGAAUAUGCAGGGCGCUGCGGGGACAAAUAUAAGCUCUGCCAGGUGGAGCUCAAGGAGCUGCUGCAGAAGGAGCUGGCCACCUGGACCCCGACUGAGUUUCGGGAGUGUGACUACAACAAAUUCAUGAGUGUUCUGGACACCAACAAGGACUGCGAGGUGGACUUUGUGGAGUAUGUGCGCUCACUUGCCUGCCUCUGUCUCUACUGCCACGAGUACUUCAAGGACUGCCCCUCAGAGCCCCCCUGCUCCCAGUAGCCUCUGCUCCAGGGGGUGCGCUGGCUGUCGGGGGCUGGGCAUGUCUCCCACACCCCCUCCUAUCCUCCUGUACCCCUUUCAAUCUGGACUUGCCCAGGUCUUUUGUGAUCAGUUAACCCAUUUUACCUAGGAAGCCCAGAGAUGUGAGGGCUCCUUCCUCAGGAUGCCCAGUGAACGAGGGGUAGAGCCACUCUGGGCCCCAGCCUGCCUGCUGCACCUCUGCGGCCUCCCUUGUGGAUGGGAGGAGGCGGGAUCUGCUCUGAGGGCCUCGAGGCUCAGCAGAGUGUGCACCAAUGAGACCACGAUGGGAAAGGGCCUAUUUAACUCAUAAUAAAAAACUGGCGUCAGC